GGGGAUGCUUGGGCGUCAGACAAGAUGUCGUGUUUGGCUCGUUUUGUCUAGGGUUGUGGCGAGCUUUUUUGAAAGCGAACACGAUGUAUAUUCUUAUUGUGUCGAUCAUAUAUCCGCAUUGCUACCCUGAGAUUGUUUAGUUUCUCAAUUCAAAGGACACGAACUUCAAGAUAACUCCUAAUGGCGACACGCAGGUCAAGGAUUAAGGCAGUAGCCAACUUACCUGCUAGACGUAACCGUCCUUUAGCUACAACUAAAACCAAUGAAAAUGUAGAUGAAGGUAAUGAUGAAACAUCUCCCCCAUCUACGAAAGUCAAUGAAAAUUCCAUCAAAGAUUUUCCACUUGAUGUUAAAGAGAAGGUUGAUAGUCCAUGUAAAAAGUCAGAAAAUAUAACUGACUCUUCAUCAACUCCUGAUAGAAAGUCUGUAAUUGUGACUGUGGAAAAGGAUCGAAAAUCUGUUAUUGUUAACAGAGAUCAAUGCGUCAGCACCACUAAAUCCUUGUCCGCUGAUGGUACAAGUGAUUCAUGUAAAGAAGAUUGUGGUUCUCUUUCUGCUACAUCCACAUCAAAUUCAGAAAGAUUAGAUGGAGAACUCACUGAGUCUCAUAUAAGUAACUCUGAAUUGAAAUCUGCACGCAUUGAUGAAGAAGUUGUACAAAGCUCUGCUAAGUCACAUUCCUCUUCAGAAAAAAACCAUGACGUCAUUGGCUCUAAAUCUUCUAAUGAUGAUAAAGAUUCAAGUAGCCAGUUAGAAGUAGUUAAAGAAGCUGCUAAAGUUGAUUCAACCUCUGCUCUCACCACUGAUGGUGCAGUCACUCAAAGCAACCGCCUUCCUCUCAGAAGUAGACGGACCAAGCCCACUGUGAACUUAACAGCUGCUGCGAGGAAAAGACCUGCAAGUGAUCUUGCAGUAUCCUCUCCAUGUUCUCCACCUCCAAACAAGUUGAAGCCUGCAGAAUUGCUUCAAAGGAAAACCAGUGAAAUUGAUAUUGUGACCACUCCUGGACCUAAUCCUGAAGAGAACAACAAACAAGCAGUAGCUUCUGACAUCAAUGAACCAUCAAAAUUAGGUGGCCAGGCUUCCACACCUGUACCUUCUUUUCCUGAAACAAAAACGGGUAGCAAGGCAGUUCCUGAUUUGCCUGCAUCUUUCAAAGUACCUGCCAGCUCUCCGUUAAAGACCAAAGAUAAUUCCCAUGAAACAGCAUGUGAUAGUUCCAAUACUUUAGAUAAGUCCAAUUCAAGCCCACAAAAGGAAUCAAGUGGUGUCAAGCGAAAGCAAUCCACCAAUGCUCAAAAAGUAGCUGCUGCACGGAAAAGUCUAAAAAGUCGACUUAGCACUGAUGGCCCAUUGCCGCGGUCAAGCUUAACAAUGUUUGACUUAAUUUUCUACAACCCAUCAAAAAAUCCAAUGAAAUCAAAUGACUCUUCAACCAAGAAGAUUCGUGAUCGCUUGAAUUCUGUUUCCAGUGUUUCAUCCAUCCAAGAAGAUCGUUUAAAUGAAGAAUCAGUUGAUGAUGUUGAUGGCGGGAAGGAAAACACAAAUGACGAUACUGAGGAGAUAGCUAUGCCGGUUCCACAAGUCAAAGUUGGGGCUGAUGGCUCAUUAAUUCUUGAUGAACAGAGCUUGGUUAUUGAAACUACUGGAACCAAAAAAAGCAGGGAAGAUCUGGAGAGAUCUGAAGUUGUCGUUGAGACUGGUUCUAGCUAUGGCCAUUACAAAAAAAUAAUUCGCUCAAAGGAUUGGUCAGAUCAUGAAACCAAAAAAUUCUAUAGAGCUCUCAACGUUGUGGGAACUGAUUUUUCUCUAAUGAAACCAUACUUUCGUAAUCGCACCCGAAGAGAAUUAAAACUAAAGUUUAAGAAAGAAGAAAAAUUAAAUUGUAAACUUGUAAAUAAAGCUCUUGCAGAACCACUUGACUUUGAUGUAUCAGAGCUUCAGAAAGAGUGUGAAUUAGAAGAUGAAGAAGAAAAACGUUUGGAGGAACUGGCAAAGCAAAAAGAAGCAGAGAAAGACAAACCCUGUGAUGUUGAAGAGAAAGCCAAAAAACCACCUAAGAAAAAGAAAACCAAAUGUGUAUCAGCAAUGGCAGAACUUCUAACAGAAGAGGAAGAAAACUCACCUGGUGAUACGGUUGUGAGGAAGCCCCCACUUAAAUCACGUCCAAGGAAAGAAAUACCAAUGGAUGUCAAAAGAGAUAGAAACGCUGAUGCUGAUUAUGAUAUGUUGGCCUUAGGAGUCAAUAUUUCUGACAAGAAGCAAGGAAAGCAAGCAUUUUCCAAUGUGGACACAAAAGCUGGGCCUGGAGACUUGCCAGCAGGAACUUCACGUAAAAUAUCAAAGACAAAGAAGAAAAUUGUUCCAUUAUCCACAUCUUCUAAUGUAGACUCUGAAGCUGGCUCUGUGGCAUUAUUUGACUUGGAUGAAGAAACCCCAUCAAAUUUGAAUGGAAUAGAUGGGCAGGACACAAACCCACAAGAGAUAAAAACCAAGCAAGUCACUAAACCCAGGAAAAGGCCAGUGAAAAUUUCAUCAGAAUCAACUUCUAAAAGUUGCAAUGAAGUUCCUACAAAGAUUAUUGGUGCUUCUGAAAAAGAGUUACCUGCAUCAGUUUCUAACAGUCAACCAUCAGUUGGGCCAGGAUUACGUACUCCACCUACUUUGAACCUCAUUUCAAGCGCUGGAACAAAGUUGAUUGUAGCUCCUUCACAUGUGAACAUUCCAGUACAAAGUACACCCAUGAGAAUUCCUCCCCUUGUCAGUAUUGGAAUGUCUGUGACCCCACCUAACGCCAUUCAAGUAGUCCAACGAUCUGUUCUACAAACAACACCAAGUGCUGCACCAUCAUCGAAGCCUGUAUCAUCUCCCAUCACAAACUUUACACCUAUCUAUAAAUUGCCCCAGUCCACUCCUCUUAGAACAGUUCAAGUGCCAGGUUCUGUUUUACCAUCUGCACCAGGCAUAGUUACUCAAAGCGGAUCUAAAGUGUAUCAGACAACUCCCACCUCUAAAACAGUGCAAGUGUCAGGCCCUGGUUUACCAUCAGCAUCAUGCAUAGUCACUUCAAGCGGAGCUAAAGUGCACCAAUCUACUCCCACCUCUAAAGUACGGACAAUUCAAGUGACACCACAGAAUGUUCAAAACCCAGCCAGCUUUAGUGUGACAACUCCAGUGAGCCGAUUACUACCAUCAACACCGACUCUGCCUCGAAUGGAACCUGGAUCUAUUAUUGUAUUGAAAACCCCCUUGCCCGAUAACCCAGACCGCCAUGUCCUUCAGGUAUACAUGGUGACCAACACACCACCAGGGUCUAGUACAAAUAAUUCAUUAUCUAUCACACCUCACUUGCAAGGGAUUAACUUGCUUCCUGGGCCAUCUGUGCAACCAGCAUCGUCUAGGUCCCCGUGUAUCUCAGAUGAUUCUGAUACUGAGAGAGUACUGACAAAGUUGUAAACAUUGUAAUUUUUAAAUUUUAUUUUUGCAUAUAUUUUGUUAUCUAGUUUAUCAAUGCCAAUGAAACUCUGUAAAUUUUUUUUGUUAAUACUGUACAUAUGACCAAAAUUUGGUCAGUUGUUAAAUCUCUGUUAAUGAUGGCUGGUUGUUAUGCUGUGAAUAAAUGUUCCAACUGAAAAAGUUGUCAUGUUUA